CAAUUUUUAUGUCGUUGUUUCAUUUGUUGUUCACAGCGAUUCCCUGCUGUGCUGGUUACUGCAAUGAAUGGUAACACUGUCCAGAAGACCACAAGCACUGCACCCUCUGUAGCACCUCCUUGUGGAUGGAGGGAUUUCUGUGAGUUGCAUGCCAGCACCACGGCCCGAGAACUUGCCCAGCACUACCGGUGCUUCAUCAGAGAGCGGCCAGUGCAUGAUGUGGUCCCUCCAGAAAGUUUCUCGAAGCAAUUCAGCGCCCUUUUCCAACACCACUUCAGCUGCGAGGUUGCUAAAGAUGCAGAACCUGCCCCAUGGCUGUCGCCACCACCUCCCUUACUGCCCAUGACUGCCCGCUUACGCAUCACUUCCUUCUCAGGGGUGCUGGACUACCGGGAGACCGUGCGGCCGGGAGGGGCUCCACUAGUUGCCGUGUUGGCACCCAAACCAGAUGCCGCCAGCAUCCCUAGGGAACAGGAGCAGUUGCUGUGCUGCUCUCCUGCAGACACUACACACAGAACGCGGCAUCAUAGCCAGGAAGAUGAACACCCGGAGCGGAGGACCGGGUCUGAACGAUAUUCUCCCCCUUCGUUUCCCUUUCCUUCCCGUAGUGAAGUAACCCACUUUUCCAUCAGGGGCAUUCGAGAAAGCGUAUACCGACUCUUUAAAAAACCCCAGCAACUUGACGAAUCCUCAAGUGGUCUCCAAAGGGAGGAUUCGAUCAAAGGGCCCGGACCCUCGGCGACUCAAACCCCACCUCAGACAGUGCAGGUACCCGCCCAUCACACCUCGCAGAAGAGUGCGCGGUGGGAACGAUGGAAUCCGUUGAGAACUGUGAGACGGAGGCAAGAGUCAGGAAGUGUUUGUAAAGAGGGGCAGCUGCGGUACCUGGAGGUGGAUGACACUAUCUCAGACACGCCCCCACAUUGGUUGCGCUGCCGCCUGCAGGUCAGGAGGAUCAACGAACAAACCACUAGUGAGAAGUACCAGCUGGAGCUCUAUGACCCACCUAAGGACUACAAAACGCCAAAGCUCACUGUACCCUGUUCGGACAUCCAAGAGAUUCGACGCUGUAAUCGCCUAGAGAUGCCAGACAACAUGAACACAUUUGUCUUAAAGGUUACUGGUCAUCCAGGUAGUUUUUUAUUUGAGGCUGAUAAUGAGCAGCAGGUCAGCUCUUGGACCACAGAGCUCAGAGAAUGCAUCACCAGCAGGUCAGAUAGUGUGGAUAGAGAACCGUUUCCUGUUAGUGACUCGCUCAACGCAGCUCGCAGAGGGAGCACAGAGCACGGUGGCCAGGGCUCUCUGGGUUUUGGACUCGCAGAGCACGCCUACAAUAAAACGGAUCACUUCCUGUCCUCUUACCCAUGGUUCCAUGGGCCCAUAUCACGUGUGCGGGCUGCCUGUCUUGUACAGCAUGCUGGGGGCAGCGGUCAUGGGAACUUCCUCGUGAGACAGAGUGAGACGCGGAGAGGAGACUACGUCCUCACGUUUAACUACCAGGGCAGAGCAAAGCAUUUGCGUUUAUCUUUAACUGAGUGGGGUCACUGUCGUGUGCAGCACCUGCGUUUCCCAUCAGUCAUGGACAUGCUGAGUCACUUCCGCAACUGUCCGAUCCCGCUGGAGUGCGGCGCCGCGUGUGAAGUUAUGUUGGCCAAUUAUGUGCGGGUAAACCCCACUCACACAGGUCAGAGUUCGGCUCUUGGCUCUCCGUUAUUGGUGCCGUUCUCUCGCUGGAGAUCGGAGCCGAGUCUGGCUCACUGUAGUCCGGAUUCUUGCCCUCAAUCCAGCCCCUCCACGGUCCAGUCGUCCGCAUUAGACGUGCUCCAGCACCACAUGCCCCUUUCAUUUCCAGAUCGCCCCGUUCCUGCCCCCCUGCGCCGGAGCGAGUCGGUGGGCCGCAGAAACCUGCUCCGCCACCCAAACCCGCUGCCACCCCUACUGGCCAACCGGGAUUCUGACUACGAGCUGGAGCCUCCCAACAGGGGGCGCAAGAGAGCCAUCGACAACCAGUACAUGUUCUUCUGACAGAGACAGAGGAUGAAGAAUAGAACAAAAGAUCAAAAGUGCUCCAGAAUUCCCGCCUGGAUGGAGAGCACUCGGCAGCCAAAUGGAGAAAGGAGUUCGAGUCGUGCGAGAUUGCGCACUCGUGUGUUGCACAUGUGUUUGAACAAUACUGCCAGACACCUGACACCCAACCCAGCUGUCUACCUUGUGAAUGUAUUAUACAGAUGUUUCACUAUCAAAUCGUUGUAGAAAAACUAAAGUAGGAAGGUGAAAUAGACAGCUGCUCAGAGGAUUUGUUGGAAGUAGCAGAUGGGAACGUUUCACGAUGGCAUCAACAAACCAAGGGUCUAUUCAAAAACACGUGUGUCUACACUGGAAGCGGCCGACAUCGCAACAACUGGAGGCCGUCUGCACUGGAUAUGUUCACAGUCAGCAGUAAGCUCGAGGCUAGACUUUAGUAAUCGACGAUUACUAAAACAACAAUCAAUCAGACCAAAACUUUUUUUUGUUUGUUUUAAACAGAAAUUGAUAUAGCAUGUGAUUGGUUUGAUAAUUUUAUGUAUGUUUGUAUUCCUACAACUGCAUAUGCUUAUGGUUAGACAAAACAAAAUAAUUCAAAUUAGUACGUCAGACCAGAAGGCUAGACUUCAGCGAUCAUUAAAAUGACAAUAACAUUUUUUACAUUUAUCUUUAUCUUAUUAUAAAAAUGUAUUUUGCAUAUGAUUAACUUUGUUAAUGUUACAAAUGUUUGUAUUCCUGCAACUGCACAUGCAUAUUGUUAGAAAUCAUUAAAAAUCAUUAAAAUUAGUAUAGAAGGCUGAACUUAAGCGAUUAUCAAAAUGACAAUAAAAUCACUUGAAUUUUUUAAUAGAAAUCUAUUAUAGAAUUGAUUUUGAUUAAAUUUAUAAUAAAUUUUACCUAUGUUAGAAUUUCUACAACUGCAUGUGCGAAUGGAUAAAAAUAAAAAAUGAUUCAAAUUAUUGUCAGAUUAGAAACAUCAUGAGCUGGCUUUUGUUAUAACGGUCAGAAUUUAUUUAAACCUGUAAAGAAUACAAUUUAUAACAAAGAAAUUAAGCAGA